ACGAUGGAAAUCUAAUAAAGUAAUAUGGAAGGAUUCAGCCGAUUUCAAGAUAACAGACCCAUCAGGCGUCAAUCCGAUAAUAACAAUAUGAAACUUAGCAUAUGAAUAUUAUCUUGAUGAUAACACAUAUCAGUAUCGAUACUCCACCAAUCGAGAAGACAAUAUUAUAACAACGCGACGGAGUAGUACGAGAAAAACAUUAUGAAAUUAGUGUUCAGGAAUAAGUAAACGAAUAAUUAAAAUAAUCGAAUCGCGUGUUAAUAAGUUAAAAGAUGAAGGACUUCGAGGAGAGCAGCAGAAAAAGUUAUAAAGUGAAUGAUUUAUCAAAAGUGGAAUUCACGAAGAAUGACACUGCUAAUGACAAAAGCAGUGAAGCGGAGACAGAGGAAGUACCAAGCGUUUCAUUUAUAACAUUAUACCGUUUCGCAACUGGAAAGGACAAACUCUACAUUUUCGUUGCGAUCAUAUGUUCUUUAAUAUGCGGAGCCACGACCCCCCUUAAUACCCUGCUAUUCGCAUCGUUAUUGCAAAGCAUGGUGGACUAUGGCAUAUCAUUAAUAAUCGGGGUGCCCGCUGGAGACGUAUUUCUUGAGGCAGUCAGAGAUUUCGCAAUCUACAACAGUAUAAUAGGAGCUGUUAUCGUCGUCCUGUCGUAUGCUGCCACAGUUCUUAUGAACAUAUCCGCGUUUAAUCAGGUUUAUCGGAUUCGGCAGGAAUAUUUGAAGGCAGCUUUAAAUCAGGAUUUCGAAUACUUUGACACGCACCAGACUGGCGAUUUUGCUUCUAAAAUGACAGAUGAUGUUAUAAAAUUAGAGGAUGGAAUCGGUGAGAAAUUAGCGACUUUCAUAUUCUACCAAGCAUCGUUUGUCAGCUCCAUAAUAAUGGCACUCGUCAAGGGAUGGAAACUAGCCCUUUUGUGCCUUAUAUCUUUUCCAGUCACUUUGACGCUGGUCGGAAUUGCGGGCCUGAUUGCCUCUCGGCUAUCUAAAAAAGAGGCUGUGGCAUCGGGCAAAGCAGGUUCUAUAGCAGAAGAAGUGUUGACAGCAAUACGGACAGUUUACGCCUUUAGUGGACAGACAAAAGAAAUACAAAGAUAUGAAGGUCAUCUUGCAGAGUCGAGAAGUAUAAAUAUUAAAAAAGGUUUUUUUAAUGGUAUGGCUAUGGGCACAUUGUUCUUUUGCAUCUUUUGCGCGUACGCAUUAUCCUUCUGGUUCGGAUACAGGCUUAUGGUGUUAGAGCCAGAGACAUAUGACGUUAAUACAAUGAUAGCGGUUUUCUUUGGAGUAAUGAUGGGCUCAGCAAACUUUGGUAUAUCGUCGACGUUGAUGGAAGUGUUCGGAGUGGCGCGAGGUGCUGGCGCGCAAAUCUUCAAUUUGAUCGACAAUGUGCCGGUCAUCAAUCCUUUGUUAAACCGUGGGUUUACUCCCUCUACUAUUCAGGGGAACAUCGAACUGAAAAACGUCGUGUUUGACUAUCCUUCGCGACCAGAUGUUCCGGUUCUGAAAGGAGUCAGUCUCACCGUACAGCGAGGACAAUCAGUAGCCCUGGUUGGACAUUCGGGUUGUGGAAAGUCUACAAUAAUACAGCUUUUAUCAAGAUAUUACGACGUUAUUGAUGGCAGCGUAUCCAUUGAUGGUAACGAUGUUCGGAAGUUAUCAGUAAGGUGGUUACGCGACCAAAUUGGACUGGUGGGCCAGGAGCCUGUGUUAUUCAACACGACGGUUCGAGAAAACAUUCGGUAUGGUCGCGAGGAUGCCGAUGACGAAGCUAUUGAAAAGUGCGCGAAACAGGCCAACGCACAUGAAUUCAUCAUGAAACUACCCUCGGGUUAUGACACAUUGGUUGGUGAAAGGGGAGCCUCUCUUUCAGGAGGUCAAAAACAAAGAAUCGCUAUCGCACGGGCACUUGUACGCAAUCCUAGAAUUUUGCUGCUUGACGAGGCCACAAGUGCGUUGGACACAUCAUCUGAAGCCAAAGUACAGAAGGCUCUUGACAAGGCACAAGAAGGACGCACGACUAUUGUUGUGGCCCACAGACUUUCAACAAUAAGGAACGUUGAUAAAAUUUACGUAUUCAAAAGUGGGACCGUAGUAGAGACUGGAAAUCACGAAGAACUAAUGAAAAAAAAGGGUCACUACUACGAUAUGGUUAUGCUUCAAUCUUCUCCAGAUUUAAAUGAAACAGAGCCAGGUAAGAAUAUAUUGGACCGAACUACGUCUAUACAAAGCGAAAAGGAUGAAGACGAACAUUUUGAACCUAAAAUGGAGGAAGCCGAUCCGACCACAGAAAUCCCAGAUGUGUCGUUUACUGAGGUGGUGAAGCUCAAUUCACCCGAGUGGAAGUCCAUAACUGCUGCAAGCCUUUGUUCCGUGAUCAGUGGUUUCGCUAUGCCGAUCCUCGCUAUCAUACUUGGCGACUUUGUUGGUGUUCUUUCCAACGAUGACACAGAGGCAGUUCAAGCACAAGUGCGUGAAUAUGCCUUAAUAUUUGUAGGUGUUGGAGUUUUUUCAGGAAUCACGAACUUCAUAAUGGUAUCCAUGUACGGUGUAGCUGGCGAAUAUCUUACGGCUCGAUUGCGGAAACUGAUGUUCAAAAGUUUACUACAGCAAGAAAUUGGAUUCUUCGACGACAAAAACAACUCAACAGGAGCUUUAUGCGCUCGUUUAUCAGGCGAAGCAGCUCAAGUUCAAGGGGCAACAGGUCAGAGAAUCGGAACUGUUUUACAAGCAUUUGGUACUUUCUCAUUUUCCUUGGCAGUAUCGUUGUAUUAUGAAUGGCGUUUAGGACUAGUAGCUUUAACUUUCGUGCCACUAAUGGCUGCUGUGCUGUACAAGCAAGGAAGAAUGGUUACCGCCGAAUCCUUUGGAACAGCGAAAACUAUGGAACAAAGUUCUAAGAUUGCUGUAGAAGCUGUAUCAAAUGUACGAACGGUUGCAUCCCUCGGCAGAGAAGAGACUUUCCUGAAUGAUUAUGCCAAACAAUUAUUGCCAGCGCUCGAUGUCGCUAAACGUACGUCGCACUGGCGAGGCAUAGUUUUUGGUCUCUCUAGAGGCCUAUUUAACUUUAUUUACGCUGCCACACUAUAUUACGGAGGCCAUUUAAUGGUGUACGGAAAUGUCGGCUAUGCUACGAUUCUUAAGUCAGCCCAGACACUGUUGAUGGGGUCGUCUUCAGCAGCACAAGCUUUUGCGUUUGCACCUAAUUUCCAAAAAGGAAUCAAGGCAGCAGGGCGUGUCAUUGUGAUACUCAACAGACAAUCUAAAAUUACAGAUCCAAUUCAACCCGCAGUUGAAGACUUUAGGGGAACAGGCGAAGCGAGUUUACAAAAUGUACACUUCAAAUAUCCAACCCGACAAACCAUACAAGUCCUAAAUAACUUUGACCUUGAGAUAGAAAACGGAAAAACGAUUGCGCUGGUCGGCGCAAGUGGUUGCGGGAAGAGCACGAUUAUCCAACUUCUGCAAAGAUACUACGACCCUGAUAGCGGCAUUGUGGCUCAAAAUGGAAUACCAAUAUCAAAACUACGCCUAGUUGAUAUAAGACAGUCGAUUGGAUUUGUACAACAAGAACCAGUUCUGUUUGACCGCACUAUUGGUGAAAAUAUAGCCUAUGGAGACAAUACGAGAAACCCAACUAGUGAGGAAAUAAUUGAGGCCGCCAAACAAGCUAACAUACACAAUUUUAUCGCAUCAUUGCCUAUGGGCUACGACACUAACAUUGGCUCAAAGGGUACACAACUGUCUGGAGGUCAAAAACAAAGAGUGGCAAUAGCAAGAGCGCUGAUUAGGCGACCUAAUAUGCUUCUUCUGGACGAAGCUACAAGCGCAUUGGAUACAGAAAGCGAAAAGGUUGUGCAAGAAGCACUGGACGCCGCGAAGGAAGGACGCACGUGCGUGAUGAUUGCGCACCGUCUCAGCACGGUGCGCGACGCGGACAUAAUCUGCGUGCUUAGCAACGGUCGCGUGGCGGAGCGUGGAACACACACAGAGCUCAUGCAACUCAAAGGACUAUAUUACAACUUAAAUAGACGGGGCUACGCUUAAUACUGCGCGUAGUUCAACUGUUUAUUACUUAAUUAGUUGUAAGUUCUAUUUAAAUUUUAAAUGGUAGAAUUAAUAAAAACAAUGUGAUUCUUAUUAUAAUAUACCAUGUACCUACUUAUGAUAUAUAUUCUUUGUUACCUAUUUUUAUCAAGUUAACUUAGGUUGAGUUAGGCUUUGUUACAUUUGUAAUUGAAACUAACCCAUACUAUCAGGCAUUCAGUCUUCUUUUGCUUUUUCAAUCAGUCUACUUUCAAGAUUAACAAUGCUAUUUUAAAACCAACUUAAGCGAAUGUAUACAUAAAUAAUAUCAUAAGACAAGUAUUUGCUGUUAAAGCUGGCUAUGUUAGUAUCCCAAUGUACAAAUUGAUUUUGAAUAUUAAUGAAGUAUUUUAACCAGUGCAUAAAAAUAUGGAUAAGA